GAAGUGUGGAAGUUAUGAAGAGUCAAACUUAAGAAAUGUAAUUGCUUCUUAAAAAGAAUUAAUCAAAUUUCAAGUUUGGUCUACCUUUUUUAUGAGAUACACACCAAAAAUGGUUACUGGAAAUUAAAUUUCCCUGAUAAAAAUAAAAAGAAAAGAGUUAAACAAAAUUGGUUUUGUUCUCUUUCGAUCCCCAGAUCUCUAAAGUCUAAGCAAGCACAUUCUCUCUCUCUCCUCGCUCAAAUAAAUAAUGCUCUCUCUCAAAACACCACCCACACGUCUCCAAACUGCAACGAAAGAUGCCCAGAAUUCUGGUAAUUCACGUGAUCUUGGUCCUUGCUGCCACGCUCCCGCUGAGAUCAAAUGCCGUCCACGGCCACCGUCGUCACGAUAACUUCCAGUACUGCGCCAUAAGCUGCCGCGCCCACGGCGCAUCGCUGACGGAUUUCGGAGGCGUCGGAGACGGAACGACCUCGAAUACGAGAGCUUUUCAGGCGGCCGUCGAUCACCUCGGCCAGUUCGCGGCGUAUGGCGGUUCCAUGCUCUUCGUUCCGCCGGGAAAGUGGCUGACGGGAAGCUUCAAUCUCACCAGCCAUUUCACUCUCUUUCUGCAUAAAGAUGCGGUCCUUCUCGCUUCUCAGGAUGAAAGUGAAUGGGCUGUGAUAGAACCACUGGCAUCGUACGGUCGAGGACGAGACACAGAAGGUGGAAGAUACAUCAGUCUAAUCUUCGGUACCAACCUAACUGAUGUAGUUAUAACGGGGGAUAAUGGCACGAUUGAUGGGCAAGGGGAGUCGUGGUGGAACAAAUUUCACAAGGGGGAACUACAAUACACUAGGCCUUACCUCAUCGAGAUAAUGUACUCAGAGAAUGUUCAAAUAUCCAACUUGACACUUGUUAACUCGCCUUCAUGGAAUGUCCAUCCUAUCUACAGCAGCAAUGUGAUCGUGCAAGGCCUAACGAUUCUGGCACCUGUAACAUCUCCAAACACAGAUGGUAUCAAUCCAGAUUCUUGCACAAACACUCGGAUUGAGGACUGCUACAUCGUGUCUGGAGACGACUGCAUCGCUGUGAAGAGCGGUUGGGACCAGUAUGGGAUCGCGUUCGCGAUGCCAACGAAGCAGCUGGUGAUCAGAAGGCUCACUUGCAUCUCUCCAUUCAGUGCUGUGAUCGCGUUAGGAAGUGAGAUGUCGGGAGGGAUUGAAGAUGUGAGAGCAGAAGACAUCCUUGCCAUCAAUUCUGAGUCGGGGGUUCGGAUCAAGACAGCCGUUGGGAGAGGCGGGUACGUGAAGGACAUAUACGUCAGAGGGAUGACCAUGAAAACCAUGAAGUGGGCAUUCUGGAUGACAGGAAACUAUGGUUCUCACCCGGACAACAACUACGACCCCAACGCCCUUCCUGUGAUCCAGAACAUCAACUACCGCGACAUGGUGGCUGAGAAUGUGACCAUGGCAGCCCAACUGGCGGGGAUCCCGGGUGAUCCUUUCACCGGGAUCUGCAUAUCCAAUGUGACAAUUGAGCUGGCAAAGAAGGCGAAGAAGGUCAUCUGGAACUGCACUGAUGUUGAAGGGGUGUCGAGUGGUGUGGUUCCACAGCCCUGUGAUAAGCUGCAGGACCAGGAAUCGGCUUGCGAUUUCCCAGAAGAGACUUUACCUAUUGAUAAUGUGGAAAUACAGACUUGUUCUUACAGAAGGAAGUAUCCAUUAGGUGAUCAUGUUCUGAAACAUUUGUAAUUUGGAAUGGGCUGAACAUAGCGUACCUGGAUAUCGUCUUCAUGUAGCAAGCUGCUGGCCUUGAUCUUAUCAGAUCAUAAAUUUAAGGAUCUGCAGUAAUGAUGUUGUUUAGUCCGUCAGUCUUUCAGUUGAAACAAAUUUCAGCAACUUGAAGAGAGAGAGAUAACACUUCCUUUGUCUUCCAAA